AUGGAACGUCCUAUUGAGGGCGGGUUCGGAGCAGCCAGGUCAAAAACUUCCUCUGGAACGGGAGUAGGAGUGGGACGUCAGCCAAACCACAUUUACGAACCGCAUAGAUACCCGGAUGCAAAAGGUAGUCAGCCUGCUUCACUCAAUUGGAAUGCUAGUUAUCUUGAUGAGACUAAACCAUCUUUUGGAGAGCAACUUGGGGUGAGGAGAACCAUCUAG